AUGGCUCGAGUCGCCCGUGCUCCAAAGCUUGAUCUUGCUUCUGUCUUAAACUCCCAGAAUCCACAAAUUGAUCUGAGACUGGAUGCUUUUGAAGUCUCUACUCAAAACUUCCUGAGGGCUGUCUCGAACUAUACACAGCGCGCUCUGACGGAGAUUGCCAAUCGUAAGAAUGUGCAUUUGACCACUCGAAAGAAGUUAGCGGAGAAGGCGCAAGCUGUGGAGGUGGAGACAAACCAGUGUAAGCUGAAAGAGAUAGAGCUCAUCAAAGUCAUUGAUAGCGAACUAGAAGAGCGCAAGGAGGCGGAGACGCUAGUGGCAACAUUUAGGAGGCAGCUUUCGGCUGCAAGGGACCGCUGUGCCGCACUGGAAGGCGAAGUGGAGCAGCAUCGAACCCUGGCCGCAGAUAUGAGCCGAGAAAGAGAACGCGAGCGACUGUUGCUCGAGUCACACGCUGCCAAAAUUGCCCCAGAGGUCGUCCACUGCGCCGAUCGCUUGCAAUGUCAGAUUGAAGGUGUCGACAAGGACAAGAUUUUGAUUCGGUUCCUGCAACUCGAUACUCAUAACUCUAAUCGAGAAUUCAGUCUGGUGCUAGAUGUCUCAAGUCGCUCUUAUAAAGUGUCUACUAUGACUCCCAUUUUGCCCAACCUUCCCAUCAUGCUGGAUGACCUCAACAAGAACCGCGAUAUUUAUGCCUUCAUCAAGAGGAUCAGAGUUGCAUAUCUUGUUUUGAUCGGAUAG